GUGUGGCGGCGGGUCCAGAGGAGAGUGCGGCGCCUCCAUCUUGUGCUGGCACCCUCCCCCCCUAUCCCACGACUCCCCUUGUUGGCCUCAUCGUAACAGGCGUAUAUCCCUAUUUUACCCCUUUGUUUAUCACAUGUGAAGACUCACACAGCACGAAAUAUGCCAAGUUUAGUGACAGCCCUUCUGAGAGGCCCUGUAGGGAGGCUCUCACACAGGGGUGUGCCUGGUCGCCGGGUGGAGGGGCUGAGGGUGGCAGGCCAGACCUGUGGCAGGGUUCUCAAUCUGACCCAGUAAAGGAAUCUGUUUCCCUUCUUAAUAAGUCUACCAGUUGUGUGUUGUUAGUGCUAUUGUAUGUGCAGCUCAGCUUGAUGGGGAUGAAAUAUUGAAGUGUUUUUAUCAUAAACAUUGAAGUUCACAGUAAUUAUGUAUGAAAAGAUUAUAUGAUGAUGCUAGUACAGUAAAUAUUGUAUUUAUUUUCAUUUGAUGUUAAAAGUUAAAAUGAUAACUAGCAUCUAAUUAACAUAUAAGUGUUGUAGUAAUUGUGAUUUAGAAAGUUAGCAUACAAAGAUUUUGUAACCAGAAAUGGGUAAAUGUGUAUUUAGACCCAGAGAAUCCCAAGUAGAGUAACACUGACAAAGGGAGGAUGUAGUAAACAGCACAUGUUGAAAUGUGACAUGAUGAAUUGUGAAGUGUAUGGUGUAAUUAUACCAUUCACACAAUUUGGCUUUGAAAAUACAGCAAGGCAGUCAUCCACUUAGGUUUGUUUCCUCACAAAUUCUGGCUCUGACUGCACCUCCUGGAAACCGGGAUCUCAACAAGCAGCAGAGUGGAGGGUCUGGAACAUCUAAUAAGGAGGGCCUGGCUGCUCAUCCAUAUUUCCGACGGCCAGGCCGAGGCCACAACCAUGACUCCUGUGAUGCCUGUGGGGAAGGUGGCGAUCUGAUCUGCUGUGAUGUGUGCCCUGCCUCCUUCCAUCUCAUGUGCCAUGACCCGCCGCUGGAUGAAGAGGAGAUACCCAUUGGGCGUUGGGCGUGUCAUCAGUGCAGGGUCUCAGGGCCUGAUGAUGACAGAACCUCAGUGUCCAGUGGCAAGUCCAACAAAAGUGCCAAGGGCAUCAAGAGGAAAGAAAAAGAGGAUGACAAGCCAACACACUCUGCUCUUGCCAAAUCUGAGACCAAUGACAAGAGAGUUUGCUCAGGUGGGAGGGAAUUUGAGGUGUCUGAUUCCCCUCUGCUCACCUUGGUCAAAGCUGCUGCAGCCAUCAACCCAACACAGUUUGCUUUGCCACCAGAGAUGCUGCUGCCCUCCAGCUUUCCAGGAGAAGCCAAGUCAGUGUCUAAAGGUAAUGGCAACAGGAAAGGAUCCCAGAAGAAGAAAGCAUAUGAACUGGACAAUGGACUGGUGCCAUUGCCUGCCAAACUGUGUUUCCAAUGUAACAAGAGUUGCCGGAUAGGUCCUCUCAUCCCAUGUGACUACUGCCAGUUGUUCUUCCACCUGGACUGCCUGGACCCACCCCUCACCACGCCCCCCAUGAACAAGUGGAUGUGCCCUAACCAUCCAGAACACUUUGUGGACUCUACUUUGCUAACAUCCCAUAGUCUAACAGAGAGAGUCAAGCUGUGGGAUAAAUUCACUGUUCCAGUUGACCAGGACUCCAUACGCCUCAAGUUCUUCCAGCAGGUGCACAGAAAAAAUCCACCCUUCCGGUACAAAGUGCGGCGUGCCCUCAGAUCCAGGAUACGAGUGCCACAAGCCGUCAAAGACCAAUACGCAGAUCCCCCUGACUUGCUGCCUCGGCAUGGGCCACCACAGUACCUCCUGCCUCCCCCAUCCCCAUGCGACUUUGAGGCCUCCACUGCCACCACUGUACCUGCCAUCACCACUGCCAGCAAGGAGAGGCCUGCUACCACCACCACCACUGCCACCACCACCACGGCUGCCACCACCAAUGCCUGCAGCCUCCGGUUUAAUCAGAGACUGGAAGUGAAGGAGGAGCCAGGAGCCAUAUCAUUGCCAAUGGAGGAAGGGAAGGAUGGUUCUGAGGUGGAGGUGAAAUCUGAAGACAAGAGAAAUGAUACUGAGAGGAAAAAUGCAACCAAAGAGGAAAUUGACGAGUGGUUGGCUGGCCUGUUAUGCUUACAAGCAAGCAUAGUGAAGCACAUGGCCCGCAGCACCUCUGGGAGCCUCAGUAAAACUCAAGACCGCCCUAAAGAGCUCAAUGGACCCACUCCACUGGGGAGCGGCAGCGGUGGCAGCAUGGGGAGUGAUGUUGCCCCAUCCCUAGAGCGGCCAGGCUGCAUGAAUGGUGACCUUACUGCCCAUGAACUGAUUACAGGCAAGCAUAACCGCUUUACCACUGACCCACGGCGGCAACAGACACCUGUGAACAGUGGCUUCCAGGCCCCGGCACCCUACCUGCCUGCCAAGAAAGGCAUUCUCAAAAACCAGAAGGGAAAGGGGAUUGCUACUCCAGGGAUAAAGGCUCCCAGACAAAGAAAACAGACAGCAUCAGAAAUUCUGUCAGAGACGUUAACAUCACUGGCCUCUUCUCUGCAAAACUCCAUUACUGGCAAGCAGGAGGUGUCCCUGGGGCAGCUGGAGCGCUCGGUGGUGGAUGUCUUGGCCUGGCAGCGGUUAGAGGAACUAUUAUGUCCCCCCCGCCCCUCAACGCCCCCUGUGGUAACUAAACCCUUGCCUGCACGUGCCCUUGUAUGCCCUCUCAUCCAAGACUCACAUCUGCAGGACUGGGCUGUUAAGACCCCAGCCCCCUCCUAUUGCACUGAGCCUGUGCCGAUGACCUACAGGAUACUGAGAGUUGGAAAAGGGAGCCAUAACCACCUAGACUUGAGUAAAUAUGGUCACUGUAACUACAUAUCCCAAGAGCAUGCAGCAAUAUUCUUUGAUGAGAACACAGGCCACUACGAGCUGCUCAACUACAGCUGCCAUGGCACACGGGUGGACACUGUGCUGUACCAGUAUGACCCCAGUGAACGGACCAUCAGCCAGGCACCCCCGCCCCCUCUGCUGCAGCAAGUCAGGGCUAUAAUUAACCAGAGGACUGGCCACCGGACAGAGCAGCCACAUCAAGAGGCCAUGACAGAUACUCCUGGCCAGUCCCUCACGCGGUGUAACUGUAAGCGAGGCAAAGCGAAGGUGGGAGCCGCAUCCCGGGCUGCCCCUCCAGCAGGCACAGGUGGCUGGGAGGGCGGUGCAGUGCUUCAUCAUGGCUCUCACCUGGGGUUUGGGUGCCUCCAGUUUGUGUUUAGCAUCAUGGAGGAGGCUAGUAAAGCAGACUGGGUGAACACAACCAUCAAGACUUAUGAAAAAUUCUUCAAGCAAGAGGAGGAAGAGGCUCAGCAGGAAGAGGAAACAAAGGUGAAAGAAGAGGUGGAAGAAGAGGAGGAGGAUGAAGAUGAGGAGGAAGAGAAACCUAAAAAGGAUAAAGCUGCAAAGUCAUGAGAUUAAUCUAAAGUUAACUUGACAAUAAUAAUGAAUUUGUAGCAUUUCCAGAUUGUUUCUAGAGAUGGUUAUUGAGAAGUGUUUAAGGUUUAUAAUUUAUACAUGAAAGCAUAAAAUAAAAAAAUAAGCAUGGCAUUUGAUAGAUACAAAUCUUAGAUUUUGAAGACCCGAGAAAUGGAUAUCUUCCAAGGAAGUGUAAAUAAAGCUACUGAUGAUGUAAAGAACUUUACCUUGUAAAAGACAAUGCUCAUAUUUUAUUACAGGUGAUGACCAAACAGGACCACAUAAAGUUGGAAGUAAAGGGCAUUCGUUUUUAACAGAAUCUCUAAAACUGAUGUGUUCACGUACAAUGUUACUAACCCAGUGCAAAUGCCAACUCCAAGGGAGGAGUGUUUGGUGCAGCUGAGUGACUCGCAGGCAGCAGUGCCCCACCGGAGUAUUAGGGGUGGCACCUGGUGAGUACUGUGGGAAAAUUUCUGCACAAAUACAGCAGAGCCACGCUGUAAGGACGGAGGGUCUCCUGGCCACAGGAGGCAGUGUUGCCGUUUCUUACUGUUGACCACCAGAUUUUUCUUCUGGUGGCAUCUUUAACAGCAUUUUGUUAUAAGUAUCUUUGUAAUUUUAUCCAGUUUCUUGUAUAAGAGAUGAUGUUGGUACAUGGUUGUAGCUUAUAUUUUGUGUACCAAGAAGCUUCUGUGUUAUCUACAGCUCUCAAUAUUGAACAAUCUAUAUGUAUUUUUAGUGCUAAUAUAUUAUGUAGCAAAUAAUGUAAAUAGUGAACUUUAAUGAAUGUCCUUAUAAACUGACAAGUAUUGUACAUAAUGUACAAAUUUAAUGAUGUUAUUUUAUAUAAAGUAAAUUGUACAUGAGGAGUCCUAUCUUCCCUGUGUUGCCUGGCCAGCCAACCCUCACCUCUCCUCCUCUAACACAGGCCAUCUGUGUGGCCUGUUGUGUACAUAGCCAAGUUAAAGCUCAUACUCAUUAAUGCAGGACCUCUACACUCAUCUUCCAGCCAACAUCUCCUUAGUAAUCUAGCAAUCUUGUAAAUGUUCUGAAAAUUUAGUUUUUGUCAAAAUAUUUUAUUAUUUUAGCCAAGAAUGCAUCAUUAUACAGUCAUUGGUUUGUAUAAUUGUACUCUUAGAUAUGAGUGUGAUUUGGGGAUGUUUUUAUAAAACAAGCUCGUGUUUAGACUGCCAUACUCUAAAAUUGUGUAAAAUUCUUGGAUAGAUGAAAAUAUGGUAUCUUUCUUUUCUUUAGCAACUCACUAACUAGCAAAUGCUUUUGUAUUUUUUGGGUUAAUCAUUGGAGCUAGGAAGGUGUUUGAAUGUUGCUCGAUGUGUUGUUGGCAGUCUGGGAACAGAGUAUGUACCUGAUGCUUUGGUCGUGCUGUGCGUGUCGCAAAACCAUGUUUUAUCCUUGUGAAGGAACUCUUUCCACAAAAUUCAUAUUAUCUUGCAUAUCCCUUUCAGACACUUGACCUUAGUUUGCACAGAGGCUCAGAAAGGGUAAAAAACAUUCAAAAUGAAAAUCUUAGCAAGAUUGUGUACAUUUUGAGAUUUGAAGCCCAUCCUGCAUCCCUUGCCUCCUUGACCAUCCACAGCCUCCUGAACCACCUCUGGUACUGGCUGGAAUGCUGUCAUUCAUUGCCACCACUAAUAAGUAAUGCCAUUUUGAGUAUAAAGAUAACUGCAGUCCACUUUCAAGAAAUUCAUAAAAUACAGUAAAGGAUGGCCUGACAAGAUGAGUCAUGUCACUCACAUAGAGUACCACAGUGCAGUUCCUAAAUGUUGGUUAUGUUUGUCACUGCCCUCCGUACAAAAUCAUCUUUUAUACUGUUGCUUUAGCCAUUCUGUGCUGUCUGCAGUAUUUUUUUUUUUUUUUUCAACACUACCUUUAAAUAUGUACAAAUCAAGUAGGAAUUUGUAACAGUAGAUCUAUAAAAGUUUAUUUAUCCAUGUUUAUUAAUGGUGCAAUACUUUUCGUAGUGUAGGCAGUGUGUGGGCAGCAGUUGUGGGGUAAAAGUUGGAUUUUGUUGCUACACAUGAACAAGGCUGCCUUGUGAUCCUCUACUUAAAUAUUUUAUUUAUGACAAAGGAAGAAGACUUUCUGAAAUAUUCAGUAAUACUUAUUAGUUAAUAUGUAAAAAAGUUUUGAAUUUUAAAUUCAAUAGAAAACAGAAAUGCACUAAAAGCAAUACAUGUAGUAUACUGCCCUGUUGUAUGAAAUACAACAAUUUCAAACAUGAUUAACACCCUGUUACCUCCCACUGAAAAGAUAAAAUUUUACAUAAAAUACAUAAUGAAAACAACCUGUCCUGGUAAGGCGGCAUAAAAUUAUAUUGGCAAGAGACAGUGUGCUGCAUUGCCUUUGUGCACUCAGGUGAAAUCAGUGGAGAUUUAUUUAAAAAACUUUCUUGUGGAUAAUUUUCCUCUUUUUUUUCCAUCUCUCAAAUCGGUAAAUCCCUUUUUAACGUAGCUAUGUUCUGAAAAUCCAUCACUUUAAGUAAAACUGCUUGAAGUGGAGGAACUCUUUCCCUCUACAGUGUAUUAGAAGCACAAUACUUGUUACUCCAGCACAUGCAUUAACUCUUAUAUUACGGGAGUACACACAUUUACCACUGAAGAUAAUCUUUAAAAACUUUUCCAUAGUUUUCUGUUACGUAAUAUGAGAUGAAUUUAAGAGUAAAUAAAUUUACUGUCCAUAUUGAUGAUUGAAUUAAUACUGAAUUAAUUUGGUUCAUUGAAUUGAUUUAACUACUCAGCAGGCUCUCGCCUCUAUAUCAACUAAUCGUUUACUCUUGUUUUAGCAGAGGUAUAAUUUACAUAGUUGAACUUUGCUUUCUUGAAGCAAGAAAAAUCAACAACAGCAUUUUUAACAUAUUUAAGUUUUCAUGAUGAAAAUACUAGUUACAAACAAACAUUUGCUUGAUAGUUGUAGAGCUAACACUUUCAAAUGUAAAGUUAAAAGGUAACACAAUUCAAAAUUGUAACAAAAUUGCUCAAUAGGAGGGUAGCACACUCACUGAGGCAGGAAGGGCUUUUUACAUUUAAAGUGCAAGAUAAAAUCAUUACACAGUUGGUUUCUUAUCAAGAACAACCAUUCUUCCUUACUCCAUAGAUGUCCCUCUUGAUCCAACACUCUUCACUCUUUCCAUCCAUCAGACAACCUCACACCUCACAUCAAAUCCAGUAUCUUUGUCAGUUCUGUUCUUCCAUUCACUCUCCUGUAUGUGCAGAUGUAGUUUACUGUAAAUUCAAAUGAAUUCAGAAUUCACUGGCCAAAGGUGUUAUUCCGACACACACACACACACACACACACACAAACACACUAAAGAAAAACCAAGCAACAUUAGAUCUAUGCAAACUGAGAUAGUGUAAAUUGAGGUCAAGUCAGUGUCUGUAUAGGGAGGCUGUGUCCUGUAUUAUCUGUACUUCAGUUACUGUUUAUAAGCUUGAUUACAUAUGUCAAGUUGGCUGGACCAUGAAAUAUUUACACCUGUAAGAAACUAAACAGUCUGAGUUGAAUAAAUUAUCAUACUUGUAACAGAGUACAAGAUGUGUUGAAAUAUAUAGAAAGUUUAUUGGAAGAUUAUAUUGAAAUUCAGUGACUUACAAAAGCAUUUCCUUGUUUGUAUAAAGCCAUUGUGUGGACCAAGUUUUUUGAUGUCUGAGUUUUUAAUUAAUAUUUCCUCAGUCAAGUAUUUUUGGACUUCAGCAUACCCAAAAAUUCUGUAGCAUUUGCACCUUGAGUAAAAAGGACCUAAUUUCUAUAGAAACAAGUUGAUUGAGAAGGGCUUUGUGAUAGAUUAUUCUGGGCAUUGUAGUUUUGAAAUGGGAAGUCAGCUGUAAUGUUUGGUUUUAGAUCCCUUGUUUGUUAUCGCCUGAUCCUAUUAGUACUUAUUUGACUCAACUCAUUAAGCUUGUGUGCAUACAGUUUUUCCAUUCAAUUUUUUCCCAUUGUUUUAUUUAUUAUUUUCAUCUUGAAAUUUUUGUAUAUCUUAAUUUAUUUAUUUAUCUUUUUAUUUAUUUUUUUAUUUAUUUAUUUAUUAUUUUUUUAUAGAGCUAAAAAUUAAUUUGUAUCUGAGUGCAAUCUUGCCUCUUAUAAACCCUCCAUGGUGGUUCUUUUCUUUGCUUAAUAAUUUAUAAGGCGCUAGUUUCAGAGGAAAAAUUCUCCAUCAGUGUUGAGGGAAGCCAAUGCUUCUAAACACUUAAUCUGAUGACUAUUUUUCUAUUAGUUAACAAGUUACUGUAAGCCUGAUAUAUUUAUGUAUAAUUCUGCAUUUUUUACACAUCAUAUAUGCAAUGUAACUUUAUGUAUAGUAACAGUCUCAUUCCUUAAAGUCACAGUAGUGGUAUGAGUUUUGUAAAUCAUGUUUUUAAGAAAUGUAAAACACACACACACACACACACACACACUUCCUGUGAACCACAACUAGGUAAAUACACAUCCACCCAUCCACCCACUUGUGCACACACACACACACACACACACACACACACACACACACACACACACAAGUUUUGUUAAUUAUUUUGUACGUAAGAUUCAUUAUUUUUGUAUUGGCUGAUAGUUUAAGCUUUCAUAAUGUAUAAACAAGAAUAGGAAGAGAAAACCUCAAAAACAAGGGGUAUAAAUUCAAUCUUUCCCAGAUAUUAAUAAUAAGAAAUUACAUCAUUAACACUUUCUGUGUAUUUUUAAGUUUCACAUCUUAUUCCUCACUUCAUGAAGGCUGAAUAAAAUUCCUUUCCUGAAAAAUGACAAUCUAGAUGCAUUUCUUCACAGUUGCAACUUGUAGAAUCAAAACGUGUACUGUGUGUUAUGUGGGUUUAAAGAAUUUGACUGGUACUUUUCAUCACAUUCAUUUGAGAUUCAUUUUCAUCAUGAUGUACACAGUCACAUUUCCUUGCCAUACCACAGUUAUAGCUCUAAUUUCCCUCUCUCAGAUGUGUAGGGCCACAGGUGUGUGCCAUUCCCUGUGCUGGUGCCGUGUCUUGUUAGUCUCAGUGAACAGUGGCAGAUCCAGGUAUUCAUAGAGGGUGAGGCGCUGUGACAAAAUUUUGAAUUGAUGCUCACUUAAGAAAUUUAGGAAUGUCUCCCGCAGUACUUAAUGAACACUGUAGGUGAAAUGUGAGAGUAAGAGGAAGAGAUCUAACUCAGGAGUUCCCCUCUCCAUGUACCCUCUUGGAUCCACCACUGGUGAUCGUUCCCCUUGUCCUCUGCCCACCACUGCCUCCACCCAUGGCGGAUAUGAGUCUUCCAGUGCAGGGUAGUUUCCUAGUUUUGUUGUGAGAGAGAAGAACACUUGAAUCAAUGUACAUUUAGGAAAAAUGUACAAAAAUGAAAUUGUGCCAUGCUCCCACAGCUGAAAUCUACAGAUGUCUUAGUUUUUACCCCAAAAAAUUUCAAAAAGCAUACUUGUAUGUUUUAAAUGUAGUGAGAAAAUAAGGGAAGGGCACAUUUUGUCUCAUUUGCUGAUAUUUCUCAUGCACUCAACUCAGUUUGCAGUCUUUGCUCUAUCCCUCAUCUCUUUUUUCACAUAUAAGAUUUUUUUCCUUAAAGAUUGAUGUCUGAAUUUUUAAUACUGUUAAUAAAUUUACUCCUUAAUUAGAAUUUAAUUCAUGAGGACAAACUAAGUUUGCUAAAUUCUGUCUAUGAAUGAAAAGUUGCAAAUAAAGUUUGUGGACCAAAGGCAGAGGCAUACAGUUUUGUCAUUCUUUGGGCACUGAAACAUAACAACGGUGAGUCAAAUUCCAGUUUUUCUUCACUUAGGGGAAAAUUAAACAGCAGUGGGAUGCAAAGAAAAGAAACUAACCCAGAAUCUGAUGUCUUUAUGGUCAUGUAGCUACUAGCUUUUUCCUUGAAUUAAUAAGUGGCAAGGCUAGAUUUUGCUGGAGUUAAGUAUUGUCUACAUAUCUUGUGCCAUUUGAUGAUUGGAAACUGGGUGUUUUGUGAAGACUUGAGACAAGCGAGGUGGACUGGUGAUGAGUACAAUUUGGUUGUGGAUAGUCUUAGCCAUGUAAUCAAUCAUAGCCAGCAAAAUGUUGCAGCAGUCAUAUUUAAAACUUAUGGGAAUGUGUUUCCCAUGAGCCUCACCCCUUGACUGGGCAUUCAGGGUACCAGAAAAUAACAUUCAGUCUGUUUGUAGCUUACUGGCGGUGGGUUUUCAUGUAGGCAUCCGUGGUUUGAGGCAGUGGCUGGUGUGAUCAUUGGCACUGGACCAAUGUUGGGGUAUUAAUGUCAAAACCAUCCAUAAGCAUCAACUAUUGUGGUUUUUAAAAGUGAUACUUGUUAGUUGAAUCUAAUGUAUGUCAUAGUGACUCUUUCCUCAAUUGUUUUCAUGAAGUGGUCAGCUACUUUUAUGUGAUUUCCUGGUAUGCUUUUCCCUCUUGGUAAAAACAGGAGUGUUGAUGAUUUAGAAUUAUAUAUAUGGACAGAAACUGCCUCAUAAGCUAAGGAAUACAUGUAUGUUAUUUUUUAUUUUAUUUUUGAUGGAAAAGAGUCUGCAGUUUAUAAUCAUACAAAUAGAAAUCUUACAUUUGUAAUUACUGAUAGUUAAAAUAGUAUUUGGGGAUAUCCAUCAUGAUUUCUAAAAGGAAAUGUAAUUAAGAAUAGGAACUUUAAGAUGUAGUAUUCACUAGUAAAAAUUACCUGUGUUAUUUCUUCAAUUAGGGUCAUAGUAGUCACUCACUUAAGUUGUUAACUGUCCAAGCAGAAUGAUUAAUUACAUCCCCAAGUAGGCCAUGUUUUAAAAUGGCUGUACUGUCAAUAUUAUGGUUCAUACUUUUAUUCACUUACCAAAGACUUGGCUGACUAUUUACAUUAAUGCCAGCAGUGAUGCAGUUACCUGUACAUGAUAUGAUUUCCAACUUUGGAAAUAAAAUUGAUAAUUAGGAUUCAUUCCAUUCAGGAUGUUUACACAGCAACACUUGGUGGUGCUAGUUGACAUUGCUGCCGAGAAAAAGUAGUGCAGGAUGGGCUGGCUGCAAGCUAAGCUACAAAGAAAUACCAAGCUAAGGAGUGAGCACUUAGAACAGUGACCAGACUGUGUGUAGUCUAGAACAAAAUAUGAGGCUUUUUUUUAUUGUUAAUUUUCUUCAAUGUGCAAGGGUUGUGAAGUGGAAAGAAUGCUUUGUGCCUUUCUUCUUAUUUCCAGGCUUUUAUUAUGUUAGGAUUCUAAAGUCUGUAGGUCAUUGGGAUAUUUUCAUUCUCUUCUUUAAAACAAGGUACAAAUUUGAACUGCAGUAUAAACCUGUGUAACUUUUUAUAAGAAAAAGAUUGCACUAAACUUCUGUUCAGCUUACAUUCAAGACAAUAAUUGUUAAUCUUUUAACAAGGGUAAAGACUUAACUUCUUACAUUUAGAUAUUUAUAUAAAAUCUCUUCAUACAUAGACCACUCAUCUGGAAAUUUUACCUUUUGUCAAGUUAUGUAAGGCUAGUAACAUACACUCAUCUCAUCAUCUGUAGUAUAGUUUCUUGUUGACAUUCACAGAAAUAAUUGCAGUUUACUAAGAAAAUGAACCUCAUCUUUGCACCCACCAUAAUACUCUUCCUUUCUUAUACUUCUUUGUGUAGUCAUUAAUGUAUCACACCAGAAGUACAAACUGGAGACCAACUACUAAGGCAUGAGGGCUUCUUUAUAUAUUUUUGGCUGCUGUCUGUGUUCUUGGUUCAUUGUCACCACAUGAGGAUAGUAGUUGGUCCCCGGCCAUUAUAUAUUAUUGAUGCUGUUACAGCAACUUUUUAAUGGUGUGUAACUUCAGGAAUUUUUUUGUAAAUCUUUUUAGAAUUAUUUGAUUACUGAAUCAUUAGAAGAAAUGGUAUUAUAGAUUUUGUAAAAACUAUAAUCACUAUUAAUAUUACUGAAAAUGUAGUUUUAUCCUCCUCCUAAAGCACUUCUUGAUCUGUGGCUUGGCCGUCUUCUCGAGGCACCCCGGGUCACCAGGACAUGGCAGCCUUGUCCCGGCCUGGUGUUUGUCGCUCUGACGGCUAAUGUUACACUCUCAUUGGCUCACCUGGGAAGUACUCCUGUCUAUAUCUUAUUUCAUUAUGUUUUCAAUAUGCAACUGGAAGAUUUGUACAAUUACAUUAAUGGUACAUGAAAAGUUUAUAUUGCUUUUACACUUGGCAUUUCACAAUGUUAACAAAUACUUCUUGCUCUCACUUUUCACUUGGAGAAUGUAAUGCAGGCUUGCCUCUGUCUCUGGCCUCAGCCCUUGUGAUGCGGGGUCAGGGCUGAUACUCAGAACAGCAGUUUUCCCCCUUUUUUUCUUUUCUCCAAGUAUUCUUUCUAUAUCUCAAUUUAUAUAUUACAGGAAUAUGUAAUUUAUUCCAAACAAAACUUGUGUUCAAAACUCUUCAAAGCAGCUGAUGUUGAUUAUUCUUGUAAAAAAAAAGGCAUUUUUUACACUAAACAGAGAUGUUGGUAAAAACCUGUACAAAUUUCAACAUAAAAGGCCUAGAAUAUUUUCCCAAUCAAGUUGAUUGUGGCUUUUGUCUGAACCACGGAGCAUAAAGCAACGUGUCAGCUAUAGCGGCACCCUGUGCCAUUUUGACGUAACGUAGGACAUAGAAAAAUUUUUUAUAAUUUAACAUGUUGCUGUAGACUGUAGACCAGUGUCAGGAUUAGCACAAUACAAAAUGUGAUUAUUUA